AUGUCGAGAACACUGCCUGUUCUGAUUGCUUCUCAUGCUGCUGAAUCAUGUGAUCAAGUGAAGGCCAUCAUCAACUGUUUCUUCCUCUAUCUAUUCAUCAUCAAUAAUUUUGUUGAGUGGUGGGUUUUGGCAGGCUGUUUUCUUGGAGCUAUGUAUGAGCAGAGUUGCAAUUUUGACACCACUAAACCUUCAGGUAUAUAUUCACCGGCUAUCGAUAUGUGGAGCAUCGGUUGCAUUUUUGCGGAGAUUUUGACUGGGAAGCCUUUAUUCCCUGGUAAAAAUGUGGUUCACCAGUUGGAUUUGAUGACUGAUCUCCUGGGUACACCAUCAACAGAUACUAUUUCACAGAUUCGGAAUGAGAAGACAAGGAGGUAUCUAAGCAGCAUGAGGAGGAAACAACCAAUACCCUUCUCAGAGAAGUUCCCCAAUGCAGAUCAUUCGGCGCUCAAGCUCUUACAAAGGCUUCUUGCAUUUGAUCCUAAGGAUCGACCAACAGCAGAAGAGGUAGGCUUUUCGUGA